UAUAGAACAUACCCCUUCACUUCAGGGUUUUUUACAUUUCCACUCUCUUAAACACUCUCUCCUCCCCCUUUUCUUUCCACCCUUCUCUCUUUCCGUGUGUGGUAGUGAGAGCUUUCUUCUGGCCACUAUCUGAUAUGAGCUUUGUAAUCAUGUCUUGGGUUAUGCCUCUUUUAGCCAUUGGGCUCCUUAUUCUGGCCAUGACUGGCCAUUCAAGUGCAACAUGGUGCGUUUGCAAGGAUGAAGUGGGUGAUACUGCUCUCCAGAAAACACUGGACUUUGCUUGUGGAGCUGGAGCUGACUGUAUCCCUAUUCAUCAAAAUGGAGGCUGUUUCCUUCCCAACACUGUCAAGGCUCAUUGUUCCUUUGCUGCUAAUAGCUACUUUCAAAGGAAGGGUCAAGCUCCAGGUUCCUGUGAUUUUUCUGGCACAGCAAUGGUCACCACUUCUGACCCCAGCAUCUCAGGCUGCGUUUAUCCUUCCAGCGCCAGCCCUGUAAACAGUGGCACUAUACCAGUAACUGGGACUCCAACCACCACCAACCCAGGCACUGGAUUGACUCCCACAACCAACACUCCAUUUGGUUCUUCAACGCCCACCGGCGUCCUCGGUGGGAAUGGGUUUGGUAGUGGCAACAACGGUCUAGGACCAUCGGGGGUGGGCGGGAUGAACACCGACUACAGCGACAGCGGAUCGAGACUCGAACUCACUCUAAUUGCCAAUGUACUUGCUUUUUUAUUCACUCUCUUGUUAUGUGGGCAUAUGGCUUGAUGGCAGUUUUCUUUUAUUUUUGGAAUAGUUGUGGUUAUGGUUGGUGAAGGGGUCAGAUUGGAUUCCAAAAUGCAAGGUGGCUAGCAUGUGAUGUUCCUGUUCUUGAUGUACUGGUUUUACUCUUAGACAGCUUUGUUUUGUUUGUUUGUUCUUUCCCCCACUCUCUUUACUCUUUCCCAUUUGGUACCAUAAAGAGAGAGAGAAGAAAAAAAGAAGUUGGGCUCCUAAUUCCUUUUUGUAUGGAUUUUUCAUGCUCUAGUGGGACCCCAUAGACUAUUCUUUUUCUUCUCUCUUUGUAUAUGCUAACUUUACCGGAUCUAAAAUGGCCAUGUUCAUUCAACA